UUGUUGUAACAAGUUAAAAACGAAUACACCGCUCAUGAAGUCUAUUUUUGGAAUGCGUAAUAGUUACUGUUGGAAUUAAAAUAAUCGGUUUUACAAUCCCCGAUAGAAGCUGCUCUCCGUUAUGUCAUAGAGAAAUUUGUUUACACCAACGUUAACCAUAGACUGCACUGUUUAUUGCUCUGGAAAAUUUUGCUGGUAAAAAUAACAGGUUCAAGACAGUUCAAUAACUGAUUUCGUAAUGGUUUGAUCUGUUGAAAGAGUCGUGGUCGCGAGACGCAGCGUUUUGACGGUGACCGGCCAGCCGGCGGCCAUUGGUAGCAUUGAACCAUUUCCUAAUAUUUUUUUGUUGAUUUUCCUCUUGUUAAAUCCGAAAUUUGUAACAGAUUAUGUAUUUUAAGAUUUGAAAUAUCUGACCGCAACGUUGAUCCUCAACUCAACAGCAUAAGCGGCUGAUGACUUGUUGAGUCAUCGUUUGAACGAUUUGUUUGAUUUACAUCUUGUGAUUUGCAAGUCAUGUUCCAUUUAAUUCCACGAGUGUUAGCUACUCGAGGGAGUAUUAAUUGAUCUCUUUAUAUUUCCUUGGAAGUAUUUUCUCGAUUUCUUAUCCUGUUUUUGCUUUACCUAAUGCGGCUAGCGGUGUGUUGUAUAACACGAUACUGUACACGUGCCCGGGUUCCCGGUAACGAAACAGACGUAACAUACUUGCGGCGUUUCCAUUAGCAUCCAUAAUGUAUCCUUCCCGAGAUCCGCCAACACAAGUUUGGUCGAGGAAUUCCCUGCGGUUUCCACGCCACUUAAUUGACGAGAUCUUUCUUGCAGAUGAAUUGUAAUUGCAUGAAAGAAUUUUUACAGCAAUCCUUGGCAUUACUUUUAAAAUGUCAUUGUAAAAACGAGAAAUUAUGCGGUGAUUAAGUUAACAUUCUUGUCUACAUCGAGAUAGGUUAAUUCCCAUAUCGGUGGGUUGAAGUUGAAGCUUUCUCUUUGUAUGAAUCAUUUGGUAUUUCUCAAGCGUGGUAUAUUUGGCCUUGCCGCUUCCUCUGGCAAUAUUGCAUUCUGUGUGGUUCACCUUUCGCACGAACACGUCUGGCAAUAAUUAAAUUUUAUUCUUUUAUUAUCUGCACCGUGAAGUUUUCGAACGCACUUUAACAACCUCUUUGGCACAAGCAGUUUUUUACCACGGAGUCCGCAGCCACCAACCAGCAUCUUCGCGUCGUUCUGAAUUUGAAAGUGUUCCAUUGUGGAUCGGAGGAGUAGUGUGUGUUGUGAUGUUGUGGUGACGAUGUCCAGUGUUGUGUGGGACCUGAUGCCGGCGCGAUGCCGCUGGAUCGAGACGCUCCGCCACUGCGGCAAGACGCUGCUCCGUCGCCAACGGAGACUACUUAGGCGAAUAAAAAAGGUGUACCUACACAGUUGGCGCUCCGCAGAUGAGCUGAACAUGUUGGUGGGUGCGAAGGUGGGCGGCGCCACGCCGCUGGUGAUCGCGUGCCGGAACGGGCACUACGACGUGGCCGAGUACCUCAUUGAGCGCUGCAAGGCGGACAUCGAGCUGCCUGGCUCAGUGACAUUCGACGGCGAGACAAUCGAGGGCGCGCCCCCGCUAUGGUGCGCGGCGGCGGCGGGUCACCUGCCCCUGGUGCGGCUGCUGGUGCGAGCCGGAGCCAACGUGAACUCCACCACCCGAACCCACAGCACGCCGCUGCGCGCCGCCUGCUUCGAUGGACACUACGAGAUUGUGAAGUUUCUCGUGGAGAAUGGAGCAGACAUAGAAAUAGCGAACCGGCACGGGCACACAUGCCUCAUGAUCGCCUGCUACAAGGGCCACAUCCGCAUAGCCAAGUACCUUCUAUCCCUCAACGCAGAUGUGAACAGGAAGAGUGUGAAGGGAAACACAGCUUUACAUGAUUGUGCUGAGAGUGGCUCGCUGCAUAUACUCAAGAUGUUGCUGGGGCAUGGCGCGACCAUGGAUGUGGACUCUUAUGGAAUGACCCCGCUCCUAGCCGCGUCAGUCACAGGCCACACUCACAUCGUGGAACACCUGAUCAAGUGCGAAUACGGGCUAGUUUCCCGUGAGCAGCGAAUCGCGGCUCUCGAGCUGCUGGGCGCCACGUACGUGGACAAGCGGCGCGACAUGGUCGGCGCGCUGGCGCUGUGGAAGCGCGCCAUGGACGACAGAUUCCCCUCCGACGGAAGCCCCCCAAUCCCGAAGCCGAAGGACGUGCCGCGCAUCCCCGCGUACGAGCUGGCCGCGGAGCCGACGGACGCGCGCCAGCUGCAGGAGCUGCUCGCGGACCCCGACGCCAUGCGCAUGCAGGCGCUCGUCAUCAGGGAGCGCAUAUUAGGUCCGGCGCACCCCGACACCUCCUACUACGUGCGCUACCGCGGCGCCGUCUACGCGGACGCGGGCCGCUUCACGCGCUGCCGGCAGCUGUGGCACCACGCGCUGGACAUGCAGCGCUGCGUGCUGCCGCCGCUGUCGCCGCUCACGCAGUCCAGCCUGUACAGCUUCGCCGAGCUGUUCAGCUAUAUGCUCAGUGAGAGAGCCAGGCCGCCUGUUAGAGGUCGCAUAGUCCCGCCGGUGACCUUCGAAGACAUCGCCCCUGUGUUCAGAAAAGCCCUCUCAGAAAUCAACAGAGGCGUAGAUCUCCUAGAAAUGAAGUCGAGCAUCGACCGGGAACAAACGCUCACGACGCUACAGAGGGUGCUAGUUAUAUCGCUACAUUUAGCCGCACUAAUGGCCAGGUUAUUAGAAGAGCCGGAAUGCGAUGAGACGGUGUCCAGAAAGAUCCAUGAAGCGGUUUACUCACUUGUUAAGUUAGAUAUUAAGGUACGUCAAGGUCGCUCGGCGCUCCACAUAGCGUGCAGUGAAGAGGGCACUCGCGCGCGCGGUGCCCUAUUACCCUCUCCCGGAGACGCUCAGCCGUGUUGUCGAGCUUUAGUGGCCCUCAUGUUGACCCUGGGAGCCAAGCCCGAUGCCAGGGAUGCUGCUGGGAACACGCCGCUGCACCUCGUGUGCAAGUUGAACCCGUGCCCGGCGGACGUGGUGCGCGAGCUGCUCUCUCACGGCGCGCACAUCGACACAGUCAACUACGACGGAGAAACGCCCGAAGAACUGCUCAAGGCCAACCAGCAAUCACUGACCGCCAUCGUGAACCCACUCCGCUACACCUCGCUCAAGUGCCUCGCCGCCCGAACGGUCAAGAACUACCGCCUGCCCUACCGACACAUCGUGCCCCAGUGCCUGCACUCGACCAUCAUCACGCACUGAGACACACAGUUUGGUCUACCUCAGGACGUGGUGGUUCGCCGCGCUGCCGGUAGAUGGCGCUGUAAGCAGUUUUGGGGAUCGUCAACUGUUUUGAUUUGCAUGGCUGUUGUGACGGCGGGUGUUCUAUUCCUGAUAACUGGUAGCCAAUAUUUUCGUAACCAAAGCGAAAGUGAAGUGGUCGUUAUACGACACAUUGACUUCUGAUUUUGAUGCACAGAGUUCGCAGGAAUAAGACAACGGCGCCAGUCACGGUAGCCAUCUUGUUUGGAAAGGUUGUAAUGUCGCUGAAAUGUUCGCAUUGAAUGGCACUGCCAGCUCAGUCCUCGCUUCAAUAACUUUGACAGUCACAUUUCUAUUGAUAUUCUUGGUUUGGAUAGUAAUUUUUCACAUUAUUUUGUUUUGAGGCUAUUUAAGUUUUACUAAACACGUUAUACCACCGGGUAGUCACUUUCAGUCAUUUAGAUAUUAUAGGGAACAUAACAUAGACGGUUCACAGGCUAAAUAAUAAAUACAGUAUAGUAUAAAUUUCCACCAUUCUUUUAAAGAUUAUCGUCUGCAUGUACCGUUAGCCAAAAGAUUAAAUUGCAUCAUAAAAUAAUGAAUACUUACUAACUUGAGAUGUUUUGUGACAUUUCAACUUACAAAUUUUAAUGUCCAUAUUUUAAGAUAUCGUAUUCUCAUUGUUAUUGCAACUAUAUUGGUGUGAAAUGUAGAUGUAAAUUUUUAAAGAUACUUACAUGAUAUACUACUAGCGCACAUAUGCACAUAUGGGGCGGUAUUUUAACUAUUGUAUGCUCAACUAUCCACUCGGUAAUUUAAUCUCCAUGUAAUAAAUAGUCGGCAAGGAAUUGAAUGACUUAAAUCUUAAUGCCAAUUACUAUAAGAUCAUGUUUUUGUUAAUGAAACUGCAUUUCAAUUAAUUCAUAAAACUAACUUUGUACUUAUAGAAAAAAAUAUAAAAAAUCUAGUAACAAGUUGUAUGUGGAAGUGGUGUCAUAAAUGCUAUAUAUUUUAUUAACAAAGAUAUAUGUACGUAGAGAACCAUAGAUGUAAAAUUACUAUUACUAUACGAUUAUUGUUGUGCUCAUGUUAGAACUGUUUGUAGUGGCGUAGAGAAGAUGAAUCGAAAUGUCUCGUUUAUAAGUUGUUAGCGCGUCUGGGGAAAUCCCAAUAUGGCUCCUGUUAAAUUAGCCUUCUAAUUUCUGCCGAGUCAUAUUUGGAUGGCGAACCGGUGUGGCCCACUAACUGUUGAGUACUGAGGGGCCAUUUGUGGCUGACGUCGGACACAUGUGGCCCCAGCCGGCCCGCGGUGGGCCAAGUGAUAUUUGCUUUUAAUUGCUUCGAUAACGUUGAACUGACAACAUCACUCUGUUACCCGGCUGCUCGGUUCAAGUCGACAUGUCAUUUCACUACUAGUCUCCUAUUAUUUUUAGAAACAUUUCUCAUGCAUGACUGUUGUCUCAUUUUGUAUAGCCAUUUUUAUUGACUUCUUAUUUUAGUAGAUAAUAAUGAUCGGUGUCACUAAGUGAUCGAAAUCAUUGUGGGAUAUUUUCUUAACGAUUAAAAACAAAUUAGCGUGAGUAGAUGAUGAAGUAAAUGAUGGAUUAUUCUAGGUGUAAAUUGGUAAUUGUAUAUUUGCUAGAGAUGAUUAUUACGACAAAAUAUGUGGAUAGAAAAUAUUGGAACUGAUUUGAAAUACAAAUAAAAAUAUGAUAGUUACUAUUAUUUGUAAUUUUGAUGAGCAUUAUUGCUUUUAAUUUGUAAUGUGUGUAAUUUCUCAUAGUAUAUUUUAAAUUAGUUAUAUCGUGUGAAUAAAUAUACUAGUUAUUUUUGAAAUUAAUAAAAAUGCUUUAAAAUAAA